CAGCCAAAUUUAGGAUGUGAAGCAGGAUUCAAACAUUAUAGCAGAGAAAGACAAGCAUGAGUUGCUGGUCAUCUCUUUCUAUCAGUCAUAAUGAGGAACUUGAGAUUUCAGAAAAACAAGUAAACCCCCGGUUAGUGGCUCUGAGUGUCCGCCUUCAUCUACAUCCCUGACUCCUUCACCCACUCCCUUACCUCGGUCUAUAAUGGCGGUUGAACCCUCAUCUCGUCACAUCAGUGAUCCAGCAGUGAGGAGUUCUUCACUGACCAACAUGAUCUCCAAAAGUACUCUGAUCCGAUCAGGAAAUCCAUCUGUUUACCAGCUAAGAACUAAGAAAGAAAAAUCUGCUACAAUGAUGAGAGUGACUGUCGGCGAAAGAAAUGCACGCAAGACAAAUAAAACCAUCUUACUGGUUGGUGAAACAGGAGCAGGAAAGUCCAUGCUGAUCAAUGCACUGGUCAACUUCACCAUGGGAGUGAAGUUUCAGGACAAUGUCUGGUUUCAGAUCAAGGAGGAGGUGGACCAGGAAACAUCUGAGGUGACUGUGUAUGAAAUAUUUGGCUUUGAAGGUAAAACCCUGUCCUGCUCUCUGACCAUCAUCGAUACUCCAGGGUUUGGUAGCACUAGAGGGAUCGAACAUGAUGUCAACAUCAGCCAGACAUUAUUGCAGUUGUUUCAAUCAGGAGACAACAUUAAUGAACUUCAUGGAGUGGGUUUGGUGAUGAAAGCCAGUGAUAAUCGACUGAGUGACCGAUUGAUGUACAUCUUGAAUUCAGUCAUGUCAUUGUUUGGAAAAAACAUAGAAAACCACAUUGUGGCUCUCAUCACCCACUCAAACGGAAGAACACCGAAGAACGUCCUUGAAGCCCUUGAGGUUUCCACCAUUAAAUGUGCCAAAAAUGAGAAGAAGCAGCCGGUCUACUUCCUGUUUAAUAACUGCCAGAACGAAGACCGGAACGAAGAAGCAGAAUACAUAGAACGUGCAAAUAAGAUAACAGAGAGAGGAAUGACAGAGUUUGCCGCCUUUCUGGAAAAAUCUCAACCUCAAAAGGUGCAGACGACUGUUGAUGUCAUAAAAGAACGCACCAAACUUACUGCCUGCAUCCAAAACCUGCAGCAAAGAAUAACUGAGACUGAACAGAAACAGAAGGAAAUCAGACAAACUCUAGAUAAACUCAUGAAAUAUAAAGAAGAGAUGAAAAAUAAUGAAGAUUUUGAUUUAGAAAUAGACGAGCUCUACAAAGUCAAAGAACCCAUCAAAACUGGUGUUUUCGAAGGUGCUAUGUGCUGUACUCGCUGUGAAGAGAACUGUCACUAUCCUGGAUGCACAUUGGCCCCGAGUCCCGCCUUCUGUGAUGUCAUCAAAGAGGGCCACUGCAUCGUCUGCAGUGGGAAGUGUCCCACAUCUGCUCAUGGAACCUAUGCCUAG